GGGGAGGGCGCGGGAGGCGCCGCGGGGCCGGGCGGGUCCGCGCUGAGGCGGCGGCGGGAGCGCGGCGAGUUCGCCGCUGUAGCCGGGCAGAGCCCGAGCCGCCCGCGCUGCCCCGCUGCGUCCGCACCCGGAGCGGGCUGGGGCUGGGGGCAGCGCCGGAGCUCUUCACCGCGGAACUUCGGCGUUGGGAUCCCGGCACAAGCGCCGCAGCGCGGUGAUUUUUUGGUUAUUAUUUACUGUCACACGGCCGAACGUCAGGGCAGAAAUGCCGAUCUUUCUGGAGCCGUGUAAAGUCGCUGCUCUCGCGCCAAAAUUAAAAGAAGAGGUUUAAAACGCUGCGCUAGGCGGGUCAGCGGCUGUUUGCAUCUCGUGAUUUCGUGAGCAGCGCACUUGAUAAUGUGUAGUUUGCAGCUCGUGAUGUUCGUCUAGAUCUUGUCAAAGCUCUGUUUUUUUUUUUUUUUGUAUCAUCUCUGUUUGUUUUUCCAGAUUUUCUGUUGCUUUUUGAUAUUGUUUUGAAUAUUAACUCUUCGCUGUUACUCAAACUGCCACUGUAUUUAUUUUCUGCUCUUUAAAUGCUAAUGACAGUCUUGGAGCCUUUGAGAUCACGGAAUCGUGGAAUGAUUUGGGUUGAAAUGGAUCUUAAAGAUCAUCUCAAGCCAUGAGCAGGCAGGGUUACCUUCCACUGUCCCAGGUUGCUCCAAGCCCUGUCCUUGGACACUUCCAAGGGAUGGGGCAACCGCAGCUUCUCUGGGCACCCCUUGCCACGGUCUCCCCACCCUCCCAGGGCAGAAUUUCCCCCCAGUAUCUAAUCUAUAUAUCUGUUCUUGUAAAAAGUCCCGUCCGUGUUUGGUGUAGAUUCUCCUCCAGGUACUUCCCUUCAGGAGAUAAGCAGAUAUUCUGUUACCCACACUCCGACACUCCAUGUAACCUGUAGAGACAUUAUUUUACAGCUGAAGGCUUCUCAACCUGCAGGAAAAGCUUUGUCUGUCACCUCAAUAAUCAAUACAACACUUGGCUUUGGAAAACCUCUCUUGCAUCACGCUGUUAAUGCUGCCAAGAACAGGUUCUGAGCAAGGUGGCGAGAAAGUUGAGUUUGUUCUCUUGUGUUCCUGUAAUUCAGUCUCAGGGAACAAUCAAACCAUUGUGGAUUUUAAACCCUUGCCAUGACUGACGUUUUUAUGGAGGUUGGUUGGUCUCAGGUGCCUUUUGGCAAACAGGUAAAGGAGGGUGAGAAUGGGCUUGUGAUUAAAACAACCCAACAGCAGGAAUUGUAAGAGCAAGGAAGGAGGGGAACAUCGGGAGUGUCUAAGGGGAACAACAUUCCAGUGGAAGUUAUCUCCACAGGGUGUAUGUCCUGCAAGGAUGCAGCCAGAGCAGUGGACAUCAAGGAAUAAGCAGGGGGGACACACUGGGCUGUGUUGUCAAAUUUCUGGUAUUGGUCCCUGGUAUCUCCCAGAAGCUCUUGAGUCCAGGAGGAGCCGAGAUGUCUCAGUUGUGGGUUUGAGUAGGCACAGCCAUCCUGGAAAAUCUGAAGCAUUGUUUACAAGGAGUUUCUUCCAAAGCCAUGUGAUCGCUUGCACUAAUUAUUAUGGUGAAAAAAGCUUCAGCCUUAAUUUAGGUAUAUUUGUAAUAAAUUAAACAAUGUAUGGACUGAAGGGCUGGUGGCUUCCCAGUGCCUUUCUUGGUGUUGUGAAAAGAGUAGAAACCCUGAAAAAAAACCAGAAUGGUAUCUGAAGUGAAUUUUGGUUAAAUUAAUACUGAGAAUGCAAACCAAAGUUCACAGGAGCAAGAGCAGCACAAGUAAACUUUGCCAGAACCAUUGGGUAACAGGAGGAGUUGCUCUGGGAACUGAGGGGUGUUUAUUCUCUGGGUUGAAUUUUUUAAAAUUCAUUUGUUGGCAUCUAAGAGUUGGGGUCAAGGGCAGCUUUAGUGGCCUUUAUUGUGAAACAUGUCAAUAAGCUGGAUUUCUCUAAUAAAUGUCACCAUGAGGACAGGAGCUGGCAGCUCUCUGAGCUGGAAACAAACCUGAUCUUUUAGACUCCUUAAUUGCCUGUGGUGUUAGUAGGUGGAUCCAAAAGUUAAAUUCCCCUUUCGAUCACCAAAAUAAACCAGCCUUUGUAAACUUUAACUUUGAAAUGGUCUGGAAACUGUUGAAAGUUUGAGUUUUCUUUGGAUAGUGUUUUCACUUGGGUAAUAUUUUAAAAUGCACUCCUUGGCCUGGGCUGACUUUUGCAGAUCUCAGUAGGUUUUCUUUUUCUUCUGCUUCUCUGAAUUUCACGGGUCACUCAAUAUAUUUAUAUUCAGCCUGUAAGUUCCAGGCUGUUUACCACCAACUCACAGUUGUUAUUUUGUGUCCAUAUUCUUAAAAAUAACAACGUGGCAGUAAAGUCUGAAGCCCACUAGCUUGCCCAUGACUUUCUAUUUGUCUUAAUUCCAGCUGUCUGCUGCCUUUGCAUUUCUUUUGCCACACACAGCCACAGUUAGAGGAAAGGGAUCAGGUUAAAAAUUCUUUGAGGAAAAUAUCUCUUCAGAAUUAAACCACACUGCUUAAUGGUGAUUGGUUCUGAUGCUGAAGUGCAGGAACUCCUUCACUCCUGAUUACUGGUCACAAAAUGUGUUUAUCAUCAGAGUAAAGCUGAAUUCUUGCAUCACAACUGGGAUUUGACUAAACCAAUAUAAAAUAAUGAAACCUUCUCAGUAGAUUGUUUUUUCGAGUGCAGAAGAGUCCCUGGUCAUCUGUUCACAUAAUCUUUAUUAUUGGUCUAAUUUGCAUAGUACUCCAAUAGGACUCGAAAAUUUCUGUGUAAAAGGAAUUUUAAAGAAAAUUGCAGUACCUUAACAUUUUUCAGGUUCUCUCGGGGGUGUGAAAUUGUGCCUCUGAUAUUCAAGUGAUUGAGUAACAAUGCAGCCAGGGUCAAUUAAGUGAGAGCAUGGACCAUGGAGGAGUUGGGCAAUAUGACCUUGGGAUGGAACAUUGUGAAAAAUUUGAGAUUUCAGAGACCAGUGUGAACAGAGGUCCUGAGAAGAUCCGCCCGGAGUGCUUUGAGUUGCUGCGUGUGCUGGGCAAAGGCGGCUAUGGCAAGGUGUUUCAAGUACGAAAAGUAACCGGAGCAAACACCGGGAAAAUAUUUGCCAUGAAAGUUCUUAAAAAGGCAAUGAUUGUAAGGAAUGCCAAGGAUACAGCUCACACGAAAGCAGAGAGGAAUAUACUGGAGGAAGUGAAACAUCCCUUCAUUGUAGACUUAAUUUAUGCCUUUCAGACUGGUGGAAAACUCUACCUCAUCCUUGAGUAUCUCAGUGGAGGAGAACUAUUUAUGCAGUUAGAGAGAGAAGGGAUAUUUAUGGAAGACACAGCUUGCUUCUACUUGGCAGAAAUCUCAAUGGCACUGGGGCACUUGCAUCAAAAAGGAAUCAUCUACCGGGAUCUGAAGCCAGAAAAUAUCAUGCUUAAUCAUCAAGGUCAUGUAAAACUGACUGACUUCGGGUUAUGUAAAGAAUCCAUUCAUGAUGGAACAGUCACACACACAUUCUGUGGAACAAUUGAAUACAUGGCCCCUGAAAUCUUGAUGAGGAGUGGGCAUAACCGUGCUGUGGACUGGUGGAGUUUGGGGGCAUUAAUGUAUGACAUGCUGACUGGAGCACCUCCUUUCACUGGGGAGAACAGAAAGAAAACAAUUGACAAGAUUCUCAAGUGUAAACUCAACUUGCCUCCCUACCUCACACAAGAAGCCAGAGAUCUGCUUAAAAAGCUGCUAAAAAGAAAUGCUGCCUCACGUCUGGGAGCUGGUCCUGGAGAUGCUGGAGAAGUUCAGGCUCACGCCUUCUUCAGACACAUCAACUGGGAUGAGCUGCUGGCACGCAAGGUGGAACCUCCUUUUAAACCCUUAUUGCAAUCUGAAGAGGAUGUGAGCCAGUUUGAUUCAAAGUUUACACGUCAGACACCUGUUGAUAGCCCAGAUGACUCAACUCUCAGUGAAAGUGCCAACCAGGUCUUUCUGGGUUUCACGUAUGUGGCUCCAUCUGUACUUGAAAGCGUAAAAGAGAAAUUUUCUUUUGAACCAAAAAUUCGAUCACCUCGCAGAUUCAUAGGUAGCCCUAGGACACCAGUCAGCCCUGUCAAGUUUUCCCCUGGGGAAUUCUGGGCAAGAGGUGCUUCUGCCAGCGCAUCCAACCCCCAGCCACCUGUGGAAUACCCGAUGGAGACCAGUGGAAUAGAACAAAUGGAUGUGACAGUCUGUGGAGAGGCUUCAGCACCACUUCCAAUCCGGCAACCAAACUCUGGGCCCUACAAAAAACAGGCUUUUCCCAUGAUUUCCAAACGACCGGAGCACUUGCGCAUGAAUCUAUGACAACACCAUUUCUGUAAGCCUUGGGAGGUGGAAAACCAAGAACGGACAUGAGCCCCCUUGAAGUUGAAGUUGGAGGGCUUGUUUGGUUUACUUUUAAAAAGUGACAAUAUCAAAGAAUCGGUCAUUGCACGGAGAGACUUGGAAAGCAAAGAAAAAUGGAUUUUUUUUUUCCUGUCAAUCAAUGGUGCAUAAAAAAAAAAGAAACAAAAAAACUUUAGCAAAUGGUAUUGCAGAACUCUAGGCACAUCAUCUUACUGAUUCCAGUGACAUCUUCUCACCUUAUCAAGGAUCUUUCAGCUUGAGAGCUCGAAACUGACAGUAUUAAGGGGCAGGAUGUUGCUUCAGAAUCACUGGUGUAGUCUGAAUGUGUCGAGGAGGGUUGGCCCUUUCACUAGGCAGAGUUUGGAAUGCCUGCAGGCUUGCAGCUGAGGGGUAAUUAGCAUGCAAGCUUCUGUUAAAGCAGUUUCCUACAAUGGGGUGGAAUCAAAGAGGAAAGCUAAACUUAAUUGGUGUUUCACAUUCAAAACAUAAUGAGUUUUUUUAUAUAUAUAUAUAUAAAUAUAUUUUUCAGAUAGAUUUUUUGAUUCAGCUCAUUAUGGAAAGUAUCCCAAAAUGAAAAAGGCAAACUUAAUUGGUUGCUGUGAAGAAAGUUCAAGGCUCUAGUUCUGAUUCUCCUCCUCAUGAACCAACCAAUCAAUAAAUGAAUCACUCACUGACCAGCCUGGCAGUGUGGGGUGGGGGAGAACUGUUUCCCUGCUUCCCCAGCUAAAAUCCCUGUUUGUUCCUGCAAAGACAAAUGGAUCUAAUCAAACAGCAGUGCUGCUAUGUUCUAGGCUUAACUGGAAGCCAUGGGCUCACACACGUCCUGCUUAUUUCAUGCCUGUCCUCAGCAGACAUUUCACUGGGAAACAUCACUUUUGUACACGCUGGUCCUCAGCUGGGCAGCUCAGAUUCUUACCCACAGAGAGAGCAACAGUGAGCAGAACACAAGGUCAGUAGAAAUCUCUAGGAAGUACCACAGGCAACACAGACAAAUCCUCCAGAGUAUAAGGUAAUAAAUAUUUUUGUAACCAGUGGGUAAGAAUUUGAGGGGUUUUUUAAUUAUUAUUAUUAAUAAUGAAAUUUUGCUUAUGGUAGUUCCCUGCCAUUAUACAUUUCUAAAUUUAUCAACAUUUUUUUUCUAUGCUGGGGCAAUAAAUUUGCUGAUUGUAUGAGAAAAGUGUUCAAUGGCCUUUCAGUGAAUGUCUUCCACAGUGGGUCAGAACUUUAGCAAAACUUUAAUUUAGCAAACACGUUCUUAAGGACACUAUUUAUGUUUUUAAAACUGUCACGAUCUGUACAACUGACUUACAGGUACAAAGAAUAAAAUAAAGGUAAAACUUUACCUUACUUUAAAUACUUCCUGCCUUAAAGAGAAAGCAUUUCCAUGAACAUAGCUGGUGAAAGGGUUAAUAUCUGCAGAGCUUUACCCUAGAGUUAGAGUGUGGAUGGUGUGUGCGUGUGUGUGGAGAUGAUCAUGCAGCUGCAUACAACUCCUGUCACUUUUUGCCUGCCACACGUUGCAUUAUCUUUUAGUCAAACUGUGCAAAGUCUACUUCUGGUGUUUCACAACAGUAGGGAUUUUUUUAUUCUAGAUUCUGCUUACUCUGUGGAUACUGAAUCUUUUUGAGCCAUAGGAUCCAAGCCAUAAAACUCUCUGUGAGCAUUGAAUCCGAUCCCAGUGCUCUUUGCUAAAAUUAGCAAGGCACAGAAGGAUUCAGCGAUACCUUGAUGCUAGCAAAGAACCAACACAAAAACAUGGUUACGACUGAGAAAAAUUUGGUGGUUUUUUUUUUUCUUUUACUUCCUGAUAAGUCUUUUGUUGAAAAAAAAAAUAUAUAUAUAUUUCUUUUAAGUUUUAGUAGGAAAAUCAAGUUACCUUACAGUGACAAACUGGAAGAUUGCCAUUGUUCAGUUGGUGACGUGACCACGGGUGAUUUGGUGGAACCAAAAUCCAGGUGCUCAGGAGUGUUUGCACUGGGCCCGUCUGCAAACACACAGCACCUGGACUUUGCUAACAUUAACUGAGCAUAAAGGAACUUGGUUAAAAAUAAUAACAACAAGAAGUUCUAGAGGCAGAUCUCUCUUGGUCCUAGUUACAGCUAACAGUUGCUUUUUGCUUGGCUGGAUAGACUUGUCCAGUGGAAUUGGUUUAAUGGCUGGCAAGAAUGGCAAGAGUUGUUUGUCUGAGUUCACUAUCAAUUGCAAACCCAAGCCAUGGGUUUUCCAAGGAAAUUCCAUGUACUGUCAAUGUUUCAGCCCGCAGAUUGUAAAAUGAAUUCCCUACCAUAACUGUGAAACUUUCAGAGUGUGACUCAGACAGCAAGCACACACUAUGCAAUAUGGUUUAUCCUGUAUUUAUUUGUAAAAAUAUCAGACAUAGAUCCUCUAUAUAUAUAUAUAUAUAUAAAAUAGUGUCAAAAUUACUAGUUGUGAACUAAGGGGAGUGGAGUUCUAGCUCCUGUCUGGCUAUUUCAGAUAAGUGCAGAAUGCAUUGAAUAUUGGAGAGCUUAACAAGUGCUUUCUUUUGUUCAUUUAAAAAUGUCUUAAAUUUUUCAUUAGAGUAUAGAAUCUUAUUUUUUUUAUUUUGUACAAGCUGCGCUUUUUUAAUUAUAAUCACUGAAAAAUUCACUAUAAUUUGAUUUUAUAGGAUUUUUGUAGCAUUACAAAAAUAUAGUAAAACUGAGGUUAAUACCUGUUGUGGCUAACCAUAUAAAAGUAUUAAAUCUUAAACUUGAACAAAAGUCAUAUUUUUUUUUACUAGAUGUUAAAUAGGGAAAUACUUUGUUCUGCAGGUCACUACCAGAAAAGGUUUCUAGGUCAGCUGUUUUACCAGCAGUUUUUCUUUUUCCCAUUUGAUGCAGAAACUAUUCUGGUAUAAGAUAUUCAGAAUUCCAUAAUUUUUCUCUGUGGGAGUGAUGCAUACGUUUGACGCCAUUCGUGUACUAAAUUGUAAUUUUGGGAAUGCUGGAAUAAUUCCUACCAAGACUGUCUUAAUUGUGCCAUCUGACAUUUGAAUGUCAUCCUGGUAUUAGCUCAUAAUAAAAGAUAAAAAUCAACGA